AUGUAAGGAAUAUAAUAAAUGGAGUUGGAAAAAGUUAUGACAGAGAGAAAUGAUCUAAAAACUAAAGUCCUUAAAUAUGAAUUACUAGGGGGAGAAUUGGCUUAAUUGGAUGACGAAGAAAUUAUGAAUUAACUGGAGGAUAGAAAGAAGAAGAGUAGAAGAAGUGCUGCAGAUAUUGAUCGUCAAUUUUUUUGUUCCUUUAAUAACUGCAAAAAAGCUUAUGGCACAGAAGCCUCACUUACUUAGCAUUAAAAAUUAAAACAUGGUUAAAACAGCGGCAUGGAUGCAUAUUUUAGAAUUUGA